CUUCAAAACGCGCAUUAAAAGCAACCGUUUUUUCCACGGAAAGAACCAACAAUCCACAUCCGAAACAGGACUAGUGGCGACUCGCUCUGGAUCAGCUGCCCCCGUCUGAUUCCGCCGCCUGCACUCAAACUUAUUUAACUUGUUAUCCCCUCCCCCAUCUUGCUCAAAACACUGCUCAUUUUACCAAUUGCGGGUGUUUGCUCAAUCAUCAACGGCAUCAAAUUUUCAUCGUUUUAUCAACCCAGACCAUCUAAUCACACCCCAAUCAACCCAUUACAUCCAUCAUCAUGACUGGACGCGGCAAGGGCGGCAAGGGUCUCGGCAAGGGCGGCGCCAAGCGUCACCGCAAGAUCUUGCGCGACAACAUCCAGGGUAUCACCAAGCCCGCCAUCCGCCGUCUGGCGCGUCGUGGCGGUGUCAAGCGUAUUUCUGCCAUGAUCUACGAGGAGACCCGUGGUGUUCUCAAGUCCUUCCUCGAGGGAGUCAUCCGUGACGCCGUCACCUACACUGAGCACGCCAAGCGCAAGACCGUCACCUCGCUCGACGUCGUCUACGCCCUCAAGCGCCAGGGCCGCACCCUCUACGGUUUCGGUGGUUAAGCAGCUCACCAGAUUUGCUUGGCGUCUGAGAGGAGAGGGAACUUCGACGACCAAGAAAAAAAUAUGCUUGCCGGCAGUGAGUCAUGAGCUCGCUCGGACUUUUUGUCGCCGCGCAGCAUGACAACGCCCUCCUCCCGACGGAUGGAUGGGUCAUGGGCCCUGUGAUUAUGGCAUGAUCGGAUACAUUUUUUCACGCUUGAUUUGCGUUUGGCGUUGGGAUGGGGUCAGGCACAACUAUGACACGGUCGAUGGGAAUGGCCAAGGCGUCUUUGGGAGGGUGGUUACCCGAUGAGAAUACAUUGAUUUGAUCC